AUGAAGGUUUUAGUAGUCUGCGCGUUGUUGUGCCUCGGCGGUAGCCUCGCUGCUGCGAGCGGCGUAGUGGUGUGUUACUACGGUGAAUGGGCUAACGAGAGGGCUGGAGUCGGCCGCUUCGGAGUGAGUGACCUGCCCACUGAUCUCUGCACGCAUAUCGUCUAUUCGUUCCUCUUACCUAACGGAACUACGGGAGGCAUUAUUCCUCCUACACAAACUACUUACGAGGGAAAGGGCAAUUAUGUCGCUGACCUAAUUGCGUUAAAAGAGCAGAAUGCCGAUUUGAAAAUCAUGGCUGCUAUUGGUGGUUGGAAUGAAGGCUCAGCUAACUUCUCAGCGGUUGUCAACAACGAUACUUUGAGGGCAACCCUAGUCAGUAACUUGUACAACUAUAUUGAUACCAACGGCUUCGAUGGUUUGGACGUGGACUGGGAGUACCCUGCACAAAGAGAAGGAGCAUCAGACACUGACAAGCCAUUCUUCCUUGUAAGCAAUCGGCUUUUCGAGGAGUUGUUUAGUCUGUGCAUUUUUCAGGAACAAUUCGUGACUUUUAUCAAGGAGUUGAAGGAAGCAUUCACAGAGAAAUCUUAUCUGUUAACCGCCGCCGUCGCCGUCACCCAGGCCAACAUCGAUUUGUCCUACAACGUCACUGGACUUAACGAAUACCUGGACUACUUCAACCUGAUGCUGUACGAUUUCUACGGCUCUUGGAAUACUGAGACUGGAGUAAACGCGCCUCUCUACGCUCAGUUAACUGACGACCCCUCCUUAAAUUUUAAUGUUAACAACUCUGUCCACGUCUGGAUCAACAACGGCGCGACUCCCUCUAAGCUGGUGUUGGGUAUGGGAGCGUAUGGCAAGACCUUUAACCUGACCAGUCUGAACAACACUUCGACCGGAGCGCCAAUCACCGGAAUUGCAUUAGGCGGCCCUUAUGUUGCAGAAGAUGGAACUUACAGUUACUAUGAGAUUUGCGAAGACCAAAUCAACAACGCCGCAGAAUGGAACAUUACCGAGGUUGAGGGCAACUACGUGUAUGCUAAUAAGGAUCUAUUCUGGGUCGGCUACGACAACCCCAACACUAUUACGGCUAAGGCACAAUACGCCAAGACCAUGGGCCUGGGAGGUAUCAUGUACUGGGCUGUAGACUUGGAUGACUUCGGUGGCAUCUGCGGAGAUAAGUACCCGCUCAUCUCAGCGGGCAUUGCUGGGUAUAACUCUGUUUAACUUUAGCAAAAG